UUUGAUUAUAUGAAGUAGUAAUAAACAACACCAAUAAAAUACAACUAGAAGAAAGCAAAACCAACAGUCCAACAACCUACCAUCUCUUUUAGCUUCUUUCUUUUCUUUCUCUCCUUAAAACUACACCCUUAGUUCUUCACUCUUGUAUUUGAAUAGUUUGUUUCUAUAAUGGAAUUCAGAUCAAAAUCAUGCAGGAAUGAGAGUCUGCAGAUUGAAAACUACAGUGGUGGAAGGGUGGCACCAACAAGCAUGCAAGAUCUGAGGUCUUAUAGUUACAGUGCAAGCUAUGCUGGUUCUGCUUAUCCAUACAAGAUAGGUAAGGAAAAGGAAGUGAAGGUGGAUAAAGGGAAAAGCACAGUUAGCAAUAGCAAAGUAUCAAAGAGUUGGAGCUUCAAUGACCCUGAGUUGCAGAGGAAGAAGAGGGUGGCUGGCUAUAAAAUAUAUUCUGCGGAAGGGAAAAUGAAAGGCUCACUAAGGAAGAGUUUGAGGUGGAUCAAGAACACAUACACUCAAGCUGUCCAUGGAUGGUGGUGAAUGGAGAUUAAUUGGUAUAUAGUUAUAAACUAUAUAGUAAUAUACUAUUGUUUUUUACCUUUUUUCUUUUCUGUUGUGAUUUACUUGUUUUGAUAUGGACUCUAAAUCCAUUCAAAUCAAGUUACCUUCCUUAAAAAUGUUAAAACUCUACUCAUGUGUUGAACUCCAUAACUUAUUGGUAUCAGACUCCCAGUUCCUCUAAGCUUUUAGGGAGGCAUGACCUAUAAAUUUUAGCAAGUUGCUGCUGAAUUUCCUAGUAGUAAUGCUAUUGGUUUUGAACUAGAA